CAUAAAUAGCGGGCGGCCGGCGCCGCUCGGCACCGCUGCCACCCCAUCCCACCGACACGAGCCGAGCCGCGAGAACUGAGCUGAGCCGAGACAACCAUGGACCCCCAGGACUGCACGUGUGCCGCUGGUAAGUGCCCCGUCCUGUCCCGGCUCGCUCUCUCCCGGCUCUCUCCCGGCUCUCUCCCGGCUCACUCUGCUGUCCCGCCGUCCCCAGGUGACUCCUGCUCCUGCGCCGGGUCCUGCAAGUGCAAGAACUGCCGCUGCCGGAGCUGCCGCAAGAGCUGCUGUUCCUGCUGCCCCGCCAGCUGCAGCAACUGCGCCAAGGGCUGCGUGUGCAAGGAGCCGGCCAGCAGCAAGUGCAGCUGCUGCCACUGAGCCGCGCGGCUCCGCUGUAAAUAGCCGGCACGCUUCGGGGGCGGGGGGGCACGGGAAAAAACUACUUCUUCUUCUUUUUUUUUUUUUUCACGUUAUGUAUUUUCUGUACCAGUGGUGAAACUGGAUGGAAAUAAAGGAUUUGUUCUCGAGG